GGAGGACGGCCGAGAGCGGAGAUAAACCCGCUCUGAAAGCACUAGGGGAGGGGAGAAAAACAAGGAGAACCCUUGGUCAGUCUUUGCUCGGCUUUGUUUUCAUUUCGCCACCGUAUUAAAUAGAGGAGGGAGGCCAACUCAGGAUGAAUGGCGAGUCAGGUGCCGGGGUGGUGACGGCCCCCCCUCCCACCACCGUCCCACACAAGGAGCGGUACUUCGACCGGGUGGAUGAGAGCAGCCCCGAGUACCAGAGGGAGAGAAACAUGGCGCCGGACCUGCGGCAGGACUUCAAUAUGAUGGAGCAGAGAAAGAGGGUCUCCAUGAUUCUUCAGAGCCCCGCCUUUUGUGAAGAGUUGGAGACGAUGAUCCAGGAUCAGCUGAAGAAGGGGAAGACGCCCACCAGUCUGUUGGCCUUGCAGCAGAUCGCAGACUUCAUGACCACCAGCAUGCCUUCCAUGUACCCAGCUGCACCACAAGGAGGCAUGGCAGCGCUCAACAUGAGUUUGGGAAUGGUGACACCAGUCAAUGAUCUGCGAGGCUCAGACUCCAUUUCCUACGACAAGGGCGAGAAGCUUCUCCGCUGCAAACUGGCUGCUUUCUACCGCCUCGCUGACUUGUUCGGAUGGUCUGAGCUCAUCUAUAACCACCUCACAGUCAGAGUGAACUCAGACCAGGAACGCUUCCUCGUUGUUCCCUUUGGGCUCCUUUACAGUGAAGUCACCGCCUCUAGUUUGGUAAAGAUAAAUCUUCAAGGUGAGAUUGUAGACAGAGGAAGCACCAACCUGGGGGUCAAUCAGGCUGGCUUCAUGCUCCACUCUGCCAUCUAUGCUGCACGGCCUGAUGUCAAGUGUAUUGUACAUAUACACACAGCAGCAGGUGCAGCGGUGUCAGCCAUGAAAUGUGGGCUGUUGCCUAUCUCACCUGAAGCUCUGUCCCUCGGGGAAGUGAGCUAUCAUGAUUACCACGGCAUACUAGUGGAUGACGAAGAAAGAGGUCUCAUACAGAAGAGCCUUGGGCCGAAGAGCAAGGUUCUCAUCCUCAGGAAUCAUGGCUUGGUGUCAAUUGGAGAAACAGUUGAGGAGGCUUUCUAUUACAUCCACAACCUGGUGACUGCCUGUGAAAUCCAGGUGCGAACACUGGCCAGCGCUGGAGGGCCCGACAAUCUGGUAAUGCUGGACCCUGCAAAGUAUAAAUCAAGGCCACGUGUCCCUGAGCCAGCAGGGGACGGGUCGUCAACACACCCCAAGUGGCAAAUUGGGGAGCAGGAGUUUGAGGCUCUCAUGAGAAUGCUCGACAAUUUGGGCUACAGGACGGGCUAUCCUUACCGCUGCCCGGCUCUGCGUGACAAAGGUAAAAAGUAUAGUGACGCGGAGCUCGCUUCCUCCGCCCACGGCAGUUACUCCUAUGGGGAGGACAGCGACUCAGGCGCUCGCUCCCCGCUGAAACACAGCUUCCAGCGCGGCCAGCGCGACAAGACCCGCUGGGUCAAUGCCGGCAGCCGGCCCGACGAGCCCUACGAGGACGGGCCCGACGGCACCAGCCCCAAGUCGAAGCCUAAGGUGUGGACGAACAUAACACACGAUCACGUCAAACCCUUGCUGCAGUCUCUCUCGUCCGGUGUCUGCGUGCCAAGCUGUAUAACCAACUGCUUGUGGACUAAAGAAGAAAGCCUUCGCCAGGCUGGAGUAGCCAAUCAAUUUAUUCCACUGAACACCGAUCCAAAGGAAGUCCUAGAAAUGAGGAAUAAGAUCCGGGAGCAGAACCUGCAGGACAUAAAGACUGCAGGACCCCAGUCUCAGGUUCUGUGUGCUGGCACUGUGGUGGAACGGACCUUUAACCAGGAUGCCCCUCUGUCUGACUGUACAGACACUAUUGAUGGCCUUGAUGUGUCCGAGGGGUCCUAUAGUCCUGCUAAAACAAUUAGAAAGGGUGAGCUGGUGACUGCAUCCAAGGCCAUUAUUGAGAAGGAGUACCAACCCAAGGUUAUUGUGAGCAAGACUGGUCCGAACCCUUUCAAUAAGCUAACCGACCAGGAGCUGGAAGAAUACCGCCGUGAAGUGGAGCAGAAACAGAAAGGAGGUGAAGUGCAACAACAGAAGAACAGUAUUAAAGGAUCAAUCUCCAACCCACCCAGACCAGACCCAGAAGCCGUAUCAUCGGGUCAAACUACAUUGUCCACUUCUCUUCAUCCAACUGAUUCAUCCGGCUUGGAGGAAACCCAGCUUCCUGCUUCUUCUCAAGGGUCUCCUUCCCCCCAGCCUGAUAGCAGCGUCGCCGAUUCUGCAGCGACGGCAGUAGAUGAUGCGCUUUCAGCAGUUGACAAGAUGUUGUCAGCUCCUGACUCCCCACACAAGGAGUUCCACAGCGCUGUGGUGCGAGCCCUCAUCAAGAACCCGCCGGAUGUGGAAGCGGCAGAGGGAGGUCAGGCCGCAGAUCCAGAGCAACAAGUAGAGGCUGAGGAGGAUGACAAAGACCCAAAACCCACAUCCACACCACCGAGUACUCCUGUCAGAGCAGAAGAAGAGUCGUUGCCUGAACAAACCUUUAAGGAUGAGAGUGAUGCAGCCACCCUGAGACAGACCCUUCCAGAUUUAACCCCUGACGACCCCUCCGAGGCUCCGGCUCUGCCCGUCGAAGACUCCACCCCACCAGCUGCCACCACAGAGGCAGCUGACGGGGAGGAGGCCGCUGACGCUGGGGACCAGGAAGGAGAGGAGUCUCCCAGCAAAUCCCCCUCCAAAAAGAAAAAGAAGUUCCGCACACCAUCCUUCCUAAAGAAAAACAAAAAAUAGACAGUCCUGAAUCGGAGAACGUUGGAUGAGUCUGGCCUCGGCUUCAUUUUGGUUCUUGUUUUUCUGUCUGUAUACUCUUCAAGUGAGCCACACUUCCACAAUUAUACUUUGGUUAUUUUUGUAUCUUUUGUUACAAGCUUAUUAACCUGCUUUUGCUUAUUAGUGUGUGCCAAUUUUGUAUACAAUGUAAAAAAUAAUCGCAUUAAGGUUUUUAAUUAUUAAAGGCUUUUAGUUGUGAGUGCAAUCUGUCUCAUACACUCCACCUGGUGUUUAUGCAUGUCUAUAACUACAGGUUCACAUGCUUAGUGACGUUGGGAGAGUUUUGUUGCUUUUUUUUUUUUCUUCUUUUCAUUAACCAAUGUAACCACUAGAAUGUAUAGGGAUUGUAUCUAAAUAUGUCUGUCGCUGCAAGGCGAGGAGCUUCUAGCCUCUCACUGAGCUGCUGGAGAUUUAUGACAAGUGAUGACUACAAAUUUCAUACAUGCAUCCCUGAAGCUGUGCACUCAUUUAAUUUACAUGUCAGCAGACGGGAGAGCUGCAGUCGAGCUACUUUGGAAUGGUUCUAUGCUCUUGUCCAAAAUGCAAUAAUUCCAAUGAAAUUGUUCAAUCUCAGCCACAUGUAAUGCUUUUUCUUCUUCUCUUUUUUUUCUCUUUUUGCAUUGCAUUGCUUACCGACAUGGUUCUUUAUUUAAUGCUGGUCAAAUACCUUACAGGCCACAUUAAGUAAGAACACUACUCUGUUAUGCAAGGUUAGACCUGCCUUGUUUGUAACCAACAUUGCGCUUGUUGAUCAGUCUAAGGCUUCAUGCAAUGUAUCUGCCACUGGCUGCAAGCCUUUUAUUGCGAAGGAAUGUGUACAUUUGUAUUUUUUCUUUCAAUUCUAAUGGUUUCAUCAUGACUUUAGUAUUUGCUCUCGUUUCACUUUAUAAGCUCUAUACAAGCAGGUAUGUUGUAGAUAGCUGCAGCUGCGCAGCUAUCUAGUUUUUAGUUGUUUUGUCUCAGAUUAGAUUAAUCCAUUAUUGCUCUUUGUGAGAGGGAACUGUGGCCCCUUUCCUGUCCUAAAACCACAGCUUUUGCCAGAUACUGCUUUUAUCCAGUUCCAUUUAUUCACGCAGAACGUCUUACAAAGCUGCAUUUUCAAUCAUGUCUUAUAACCAUAUAAUGAGACGUUUACUUAGUGAAAUAAAUUGUGAAACCUGGGCUGUGAAUACAUGUUGACCGUAAAUGUACACUGGAGAAAAAAAAAAAAACUUUUGUUUGCAACCGAUCGAUGGGAAAGAAAACA